CUGUUUUUUCCACACACGGACUCUGUCUCCUCUCUCCUCUCCUCUUCUGUUAUCCCCCUCUCCUCCUCGGGCACACUCCAUGCGCAGCUCCUCUCAGAAAGCAACGACGAAGUUACUUUCCUAAAAUAGUUGACUUAGAAGUUUACUUUUAUUCAAAUUCCUCGGACAUGACCACCAUGGCAACUCCGGCUGCUCCGGCUCUGCUCCCCGCCGCUACACUCGGGCACCACCCGGCGCCGAGUUCCGUCUCUCCGGCCACCAACUCCCCGCCACCUGCGGCCACCUCCGCCGCUUCCUCCCCGGCUCCUCCGGUGGCUCACCCGGCGCUGCUGCACCAGUUCCGGGCGGACCUCUUACUAGCGAACGGGACCCCAUUGAAAAGCGGAGGAGCUCCGGUGACCAGCAGCGCUAAGCCCGUGUACGCCACCCCAUCGCCCGUGGAGAGCACGCCGCAAAACAACGAGUGUAAACUGGUGGAGGUGAAAGGUGCCAAGCUGGCCUCGUUCACGGUGAAAGACACGGAGCUCAUCUGCCUGCCCCAGGCUUUCGACGUGUUUCUCAAGCACCUGGUCGGCGGGCUCCACACCGUCUACACCAAGCUGAAGCGGCUGGACAUUUCCCCCGUGGUGUGCAACGUGGAGCAGGUCCGGGUGCUGCGGGGGCUCGGGGCCAUCCAGCCCGGCGUGAACCGGUGCAAACUCAUCUCCAGGCAGGACUUCGAGACGCUUUACAACGACUGUACCAACGCAAGUUCGAGGCCGGGACGACCGCCCAAGAGGCUGCAGAGUGUGACAGAGGGUGGGACUCACCACAUGCUGUCCCACAGCGGUCUGAUGCACGCUGGGAUCAUACCUCCUGCAGAUCUGUCCGCCCUGGCCAAGAAGAUCAAGCUGGAGGCGAUGGCCAGUUACCACAGCAACCAGCAACAUGGCGGGCCAAAUGGCGAGAACGGGGACCACAACCACGGGCUGGUUCUGGAUCAGUUGCCCUUCAUGAUGAUGUCACAUCCUCUGAUCCCUGCCAGUCUGGCGCCGGCCUCCGUUUCCAUGGCGAUGGGCCAGAUGAACCGAUUGAGCACGCUGGCCAGCAUGGCCAACGUGGCGCAGCUCCACGCCAAGCCCCCUGCCAGGGCUCCCACCUCCGUCAUUAAGGAGCGAGUGCGUGACAGCCCGUCACCUUCUCCCUCAUUGGAGGAAGCUCAGAUGUCGUCCAAUCACAGCAGCAGUGUGUCGAGUUCACCGUCUCACACAGAACGCACUGCAGAAAACACACACCCACAUGAUGACGGCCUGUCAUCAAGUCAUAAUGUGUUGGGUCAUUCCCCUGGUGUGGUGCAUGGUGCCAGAGAGACAGAUGUGACCUCAGUGGAGUACAGCAAGGAGAACAAAAGGGGCCACACUGACAGAGAUAACAACUCCUUGGCCACUCAGACAACCAGGGAGAGCUGUGAUAGACAAGUCUACCACAAACCCCCAUCGGGCUGUGAGAGGGUAUCUUACCCCGCGGGACAGAAGCUCCCAGCAGGUCUCCACCACGCUCCCUUCAUCUUCCCGGAAGGCUUGUCCUCCAUAGAGACCCUGCUCACGAACAUCCAGCAGGGUCUGCUGAGGGUCGCCAUAGAGAACGCCCGGGCGCAGGAGAAGCAGGACCAGAUGGAAAGGACGGAGCUGAAGAUGGAGCUGGUCCGAGAGAGGGAGCUCAGAGAGACCUUGGAGAGACAGCUGAGCAUGGAGCAGAAAAACAGAGUUCUGAUCCAGAAGCGCCUGAAGAAGGAAAAGAGGAGCAAGAGGAGACUACAGGAGGCCUUGGAGGAGGAGGUCAAACUGCGGGAUCAGGCCGAGCACACCCUGCUGCACACUGCCAACACACACACAGGCCAUCAAUCAUCGGCGGCCCCUCCUCACACAGAACCCGUGACCCAGGACGUGGAUGGGAGCAGUCACGAUGACAACAGGCUGGACACCAAGGCGACAGUACAAGAGGGUCGAGUGUUCCUGCAGACCACUGGCAUGUACUGAAGAUGAAGCGUACGCACGAAUCAAUAGAUGAAUGGAAGAACAGAGUGACAAAGAUUCCUCAUUUAUGAGAAAUACAAUCGUCAGGCAUGCUUGGUCACAUCUGAGAUACACAUCUCCGCCUCAUCGAGACGACUCCCCUCCAUCUCAAGGGUGACAUUUGAACUUUCCCAUUGCUCUCUUGAUUAAUUUAUUGCAUUUAUCACCGAACCUCGGCCGUAGUGGGAACAGUACUUUAUUCUAAUGAUGUGUUUG